UUAAAUAUUUUGAAAGUUUGAAAAGUAGCAUUAAGCAAAGUAAGGAAGUUUUGAUGGUAAUGAACUUACUGUGAUUUAAGUAAUAAUAAAAAAGUUACAUAAACUCAAGCAACGAUGCCAGCGGUGUUCACAUUUGUGCGAAGUGACAAUGAAAUUCUUCAAGAACUUCUCCGAGUAUUUAGUUCUGGCAGAGGAAACACAAGAGAACAAUGGAGUAUUCAUGCGGAGGCGUUAGUAGAGCCUGUAGGCUGGGAUGCACUGUGGAAACUAUCAAAAGAGUUCUGCAAAAAAUUUGAGGUGAGAUUUCCCUGUGUGGCUUAUAUCUCAGUAACAUCAGUUAACUUUGAGGAACUAUCUGCAAACAUUGAAGUCCUGAGUGUGCAGCAUGAAGGUGUUUCGCUGCCUGAAACAGUAAUGGAUGUACCAUUAAUAGAACUCCGUCCGACUAUUAAACAAAGAGAGGAAUGUGUCAAUGCGGCUAGCACAGCAGAAUUUAUUGAUUUGUUAAGAUUCUACUAUGAUAACAUAUGGAUGCCAUGGGAUGACCAAGACAGUAAAAUACUCUUACCGAAAAAUAUAGAAGAUCGUAUGGUGCUUUGGUCAGAUUUACACAAUGGCAAAAUACCAGGAUGUGUGGCUCGGUCCAUAACACUACUACGAAACAGUGCAAUAAAUGCUCACGAGAAAUUAAAAGACUUUGAAUUAUCAAUGUGUGAUGAAGAUCUUGUUGAUGAAGAUGAUUCUAUGUUACCAGCAAAUGAUAUACUUGCUUAUGCGGAAAUAAAUACAAGGCUAGAUGGGAUAAUGUCUAAAUGGAAUUUAUAUGAAGAUCCACUAAUAAGGGAGCGAUACAUUGCCAAAGCGAAAAAUUUGUGGCUAAAGAACAAAAGUAAAAAGAAUGUUGUAGCUCUUUGGCAAGGAGGUCCGAUAUCAGAUUUUGCCGAACUAUCAAAAUUUCUCCAAACACAUCUUACAAAUGAACAUACAUUAACAAUAACGGCAUCUGUGGAAGAUGGCUUUGCUCUGGAACCUGAUGAAGUAGUGAUAUGUAGCAACGCUUAUGAAAUACCUGAAAUACCAUUAUCAUGUGUGUCCAUAUGCAGCUUAAAAGGUGCAGUUUUAAAAGCGCCAGACAUGCGUUCGUGUCUUCUAAUGAUGAGCGAGGAAUGUAGGAUGCAAGACUUGACUCUACAUUGUGAACAAGUUAAUACAAUUGUUGUUAUGAAAGCUGGAACCCUUCACAUGAGGAAGUGUGAGCUUCUCGAUGAUACUAUGAGCAGUCAGAGUGAUUGUGCGCAAGGCAUUGUCGCUCAUUCGGGUGCUAAAAUACUCCUGGAGCAUUGCUUGUUUGAAAAUUUCUAUUCUGGAAUCGUCGUUCAUAAAGGCGCACAAGUUGAGUUACGGAACUGUGUGAUAAAGAAGUGUGGCGUUGGUAUACAAAUGUUUCUUGGCUCUGAAGUGAGGUUAAUCGACACUGUCGUACAGGAAUGUACUGAGCAGAGCAUACGUUGUGAAAUGGACGACCUUAUGUACCAUGAGAACACGGAAGGACUUCACAUAGAAGAUAAUUGUAAAAUCGGUUCGGGAGAUUUACGCAAAGAGGUUUUAAUCGUUAAUCAAAAUGUUAAUAUUGGAUAAUUGUAAUUAACGUCCAAAAACACAUACCUUUACAGUAAUGUUCGAUAUCAAUUUUAUUAUAAAAAUAAUAAAAUAAAACGGUAGCUUUAACUUAUGAGUAGAAAAUAUACGGAGCUUACGCGUAUUUUUAAUUUUUAUGUUUAAAUUUAAAAGUGAACAGUAUGUUAUGUUUGUUCGAUAUUAUAUAUUUUUAAAAUAUGA